UGGUGUGCAAGACAUCCUCUGAUGCUUUUGAGUUCAAGAAAUUCUUGCACGAGUCGUCUCAAGCAUAUAUUCGAGGUGGUGUCGUCCCCUCAUUCUCUUCACUCACCGACAUCCACAAGAAUCAGCAAACAUGUAUGCAUCUACCUUCAUCUUUUUCUCAGCUGCGGCCACUCUUUUGGGCCAGGCUACCGCGCUCCCACGCAUCCACUAUGUCUGGACGCAACAAACCACCGAGAUUCUUGACGAUGGGGACAGCGAGUACUGCAACACCGCAGCCGGUGACAUCUGUCUCCUAACACCACAUCGCAUGCCCAUGGUGUUGAACGACAACGUGCCAUUUGACAUUGACACUGACAUUGACACGAUUGACAGUCGUUCCACUGGUCCUGGUGGUGAUACCGCUUAUCCUGUACCUGCAACUGCAGCUGACGUCAAAGUCGAACUUCCCACAGUCGUGUAUCCACAUGACACAGGUCCGACCCCUACAGCCAAAGCUGGUGUGGCCAACAAGGUAGCGUGUCCUUCGACGUUCUCGACUUCGACGCUACUCAACCUUCAGCCACGGUAUGCCAAACGUGAUGUCGACGUCGCAGACAUCCCCAAGAGCAUCAAGUCAGAAGAGUCGCACGGGCCGUCCCCCGGUCAGACGCCAGCGCCGCAGGCCAUUCUGGAGUGUGGAUCUAUCUCGCACCCCUGCCCUCCCGGGUACGAUAUCGAGCUUCUGGGUGGAGGCGACAUGUGUCUCUGCAGGCCGUCGGUAACAACUACCGUGGAGUUACCGUACUCGAUGUAGAUCUCUGAAUUCAUAAAAGGCCGAGUGAUGGUACUAUGACCCCUAAGGUCUGCGGUCGGUGCAUAGCUGACAAAUUUUGUACCGUAGCACGAGGUGGUUUUGCUAUUGUGUGAGGUAUGCAUGUUCGGGCCAUGAGACGAGAAUGCCAGAUGGUAUCGGUUCUGGCUGCUGUUUCGAGAGUAUUUCGGGUGCAUUGGCUUCAGACUUGGAGAGUUCUCAGCGGGUUAAGAUGGAUUGGAUUGAUGAUGUUCUCGGCAUAUAGGACGGUCGCUUCGAAUAGGAGGAUUUGCUUUUUCUAUUUCGGUGUUGUCAGUCAGGUGGACCAGCAAGCACACAUAAUCAUCAAUGCAUC